CAACACGAUGCCUGAUGGCCUGAUGGACGGGUUCAACAAGGGUAAGACGGCUGUGCAUGAGACAGGACACUGGCUGGGUCUGCUACACACCUUCGAGGGCUACUCGUGCGAUGGCCCCGGUGACUACAUCGACGACACGCCCGUGGAGAGCACCGCGACAGAUGGCUGCCCCACAGAUCCUAAGAAGCAGAGUUGCCCUUCCCAGCAAAAGCCCGGCGAGAGCGACCCGAUCCACAACUACAUGGAUUACUCCAUCGAUGACUGCUAUGAAGGCUUCACGGACCUGCAGAUCCAGCGGAUGAAGAGCAUGUGGAGCAUGUUCCGUGACGGUAACUAGCAAGCCGAAGGGCUGCCUCAUGUCGAAGAGAUCCUAGGCGCUGAAGGGCUCGAGGCGAAGAUGCGGAGAUCGUGGUGAUGUGGUG